GAACUAAAAAACUAAAAAACCCACACGUAUGACAAACAGCACGAAGUUGAGCACGAAGGUGCGAUAAAAAGGCUGAAGUAAACAAAGCUGGUUGCAAGCUGGUUGGGUUUGACGUGGAUUGCCAAGCCAAAGAGGGGCGCGACAACACAGUUACACAGGGCCCGGCGAGUUUUGCGGAGAUUCAAGAGCCGACACUUGAACGGAGCGCACAGUGGUAUGGCGAACAAGAGGGUGAUGGUCACCGGGGGCUCCGGUCUUGUCGGACAGGCCAUCAAGGCUGUUGUCGAGGCGGACCCCAAGUCGGACGAGACAUGGAUCUUCCUCAGCAGCAAGGACGGAGACCUGAGUGAUAUGCAGCAAACUGAGGCCCUUUUCGAAAAAUACCAACCUACUCAUGUGAUUCACCUGGCAGCCAUGGUCGGAGGACUUUUCCACAAUAUGGCUCACAACCUUGAUUUUCUGAGGGUAAAUUUGCACAUCAACGACAACGUUCUGCACUCAAGCUACAAGUACAAAGUGCAGAAAGUUGUUUCUUGUCUCUCAACGUGUAUUUUCCCAGACAAGACGGCCUAUCCAAUUGACGAAACAAUGGUGCAUAAUGGUCCUCCCCAUCCGUCCAACUUUGGCUACAGCCACGCUAAACGGCUCAUCGAUGUUCAAAACCAUGCCUACCACCAGCAACACGGUUGCAUGUUCACCUCUGUGGUUCCGUGCAAUGUCUUCGGACCCCACGACAACUUCAGGCAAGGAGAAGCCCACGUCCUGCCAGCAUUAUUAGCAAGAAUCCACAAGGCAGCUAUGGAAGGUCAGCCAAGUGUGACAGUUUUGGGCACUGGCCGGCCACUGCGGCAGUUCAUUUACUCACUCGACUUGGCCAAACUGAUGAUUUGGACCCUGUGGAAUUACGAGUCUGUUGAGCCAAUCAUCCUCUCUGUUGAUGAGAAAGAUGAGGUUUCGAUCGGAGAAGUGGCACAUCAGUUGGCCAAAGUGUGUGGCUACCAAGGACGUUUGGAGUUUGACACCUCCCAGGCAGACGGCCAGUUCAAGAAAACGGCCAGCAACGCCAAACUGCGCUCAUUGCUUCCAGAAUUUGAGUUCACGCCGCUUGAACAGGCGCUCAAGGAAACUGUGCACUGGUACACCCACAACUGGAUGAGCUCCAGGCGGUAACACUUUCGGAGGAAAAUGUUUUUAAUUUUGGUUGGCCCCUGAAUAUCCUAUUCUACCCUGUGAAAAUAAAUAUAUGUGAAUUUUAAGCA